AUUCGACAAUUUACGUCAGUUUAAAAUAACUUACAAUUUUUGGCAAUUUAAGUGUAAUAGAUAUAUAUAUUCAUGUGGGGUAAAUUAUGUGAUAUAAAUGUUUACUUUCACUCAUAAAAGUUUCUGUCCCAGUAAAUGGUACCAGCAAAUAUACCGUUUUUUGAAUACCGCCGAAAUUGCAUCUAUUUUAAGGCCAUUUUAUUUUGCUGUGCACCCUGAUUUCUUUGGAAAACAUCCAGAACAAAGAUCCGUCAAUGAAAAUUCGUUGAAGCAACUUAGUUCAUUUUUAACUAGUUUACAAUCAGGAAAAGCAAUUCGUUCGACUAAACUACCUUUUUAUUUAAGAACAACUUCUGAUAGAGAUAAAUUUUUAUUAGUAUAUAUUCCACUCAAUGCACAGGAAAAUACACACUCUACAAUUAGAGGCAUUCUUAGAGCUUGCAAAUUACCAACAGAUCAAUUAGAUAAAAUACAAAAACCUAAAUCCUCAACUGUUAACGAGGUUAAAAGAAGAUACAAAUCAAAACACACUGAUGAUAUUGAAAAAGAUUUGUUUGCUGAUAUAAUUUUUGCUACGCAGAAAGCGAAGGAGGCAGAAAGUUUGAAAAAUUGGUUGUCCAAAAAUGGUGCCAUUGCCCAAAAGCGAUAUAAUGCUUUGAAGGAAUUAAAAGAAGAAGUGCAAAGGCUUCAGCAUGAGUUAAUAAACAAUUUACAAUUAUCUGAAUUGAGAUGGGAAUGUGGUUGGAAUAUAGAACAUUACCGAGGAUGCCUCAAAAGCCUCCAGGGACUGUACAAUCUUCACCCAAAAGCACUAAAAGUUUUAAAAGAUCGCGUUUUGGUUUUUGCUCCAUUUACUGGUGUAUCGCUUGAUGGACAUGUAAUGCUAAAUAGUGGAGAAGUGAGGCAUAACUGGUUUGAAUUAAUCAAAAAUGUCGACUCACAUGAAAAAACUUUAAGAAACAUACCUGCCCAUGAAUAUGCAUUGUCAAAAGUUUUGCGAGAUAUUAGAGUUGCAAGAAGAAAAUAUAUGCCAAAAAUAUUAGCCAGCGAAUAUGCAUCUCAUUUACGGAAAAUUACCACUUCAUUACUAGAUUUCUUAAGUAAAACGAAAUAUCCAAGUCACUGGCCAGAAAAAUUAUCGGAGUUCGAAAUUGUUGUUGAAUGCGAAGCUGGUCCAUUGAUGGUUUCACCAACAGGCCAGAUAAUAACACCAUCUUCGUAUCCUGGUUCUUUGCUUGUGGAUUUUAUAUCAGAAAAUCUAGACCUAGCUAGAAAAAAUAUGUUAGAAUAUAACAAGAAUAAACAUAAAGAAAAAUAUCUCUUGGAUCUUUGUGUUACAGCUUUCUGUCUUGAAAGCUUAACGAAAGAUGAUUCAAUAUCUCCUGAGAAUAUGAUAAAUUGUUUAGAAAGAUUAUUAAAAAUCAAUUCUAGCAUAAUCGAUACGAAUCUUCUUUGCGGUUCUGCCGUGCAUGUUACAAAUUAUUACUCAGUUUUGAGCGAUGGAACAAUUUGUUUGCCUUGGGAUUGGAAAUUAUGA